AUGCCUCCGCUAUCUGCAGUAGGGCCAACACGCUCAGCCUGGUUCGAAUGUAUCCAACUAGCAGAGCAAACGAACGUAGAUAUUGUUGCAAUCCCACCCAUCGGAGCCCAUCAUCAAAAAUCCUGGACAACCCAAGGAUCCACGUCAUCGUGGCUAGGAACGGAUUUGUUAAAGCGCAUGCCACGCGCGCGGGUGCUGCUAUACAACCAUGGCCAGCUGCGCGAACGUGAUAAGAUCGAUCGCCUCGGCCAGCGGCUCUUGAACCGCUUACUUGAUGAGCGCAAACAUGAGAGAAGUCGGCGGCCAAUAUUCUUCCUCUGUCACAGUACGGGCGGCCUCGUGGCUAAGGCAUGUCUCGCUUUAGCAUCACAGGCCGAGUCGAGCCAGGCCAUUCUGACGAGCUGUCAUGGCAUUGCGUUCUUCGCGACUCCUCACCAGGGAUCGACUUAUCUGUCGGCGGAGGAGUAUCAACGGAGUAUCCGUCGGCUGUUGUUUUUGGAGCAUGAUAUACCGCUCCUGUUGCGUGAGCAGUUCCGUCCGAGACAGGAAAGACUGUGGCACCUCUCUAAUCAGUUUAAGGCGCUUUCUGCUGACAUGAAGGUCUGGUCUUUCCUGGAAACAAUUGACUCUACGUUGCAUGUGCAAGAUUUGGAGACGAAUAAUCUUAUAGAAUUUCACGCUCCUAUCACGUCUAUUCGAUCUGGGUUACUCAGUAUCGAGCAUGAGAACGAGAUCCCUAUGGGUACUGAUCAUGCUGGGACAUCUUGCUUCCAGGGACAGGAACAAGCUCUAGAGGCCUUCUUGACUGAACUAAAUGACUCUGUGAACGUGGCUGUUGAGCUUUCUAAGCAGGUGGAUCAUCCCUUGCACGUGGAGAAUGAAGUCAUGGUUCAGAUUAAUGGGUUCUUUGAAGACACAGCCCUUGGUGUCAGUGAUGAGACGCCUCUCAAGCUGUGGUCUACGCAGGUCUCGUUGGAGGACUACCUGGCUAGGGGUCCAUCAACUUGCCUGCGGGAGCGCUUAGAGCGGAUUCAACCUGGGACAAUGGAUGAUUCCUCGUUGAGCAGUUAUGGCAGCCGAUUUCCCUCGCCGAAGGUAGUCCAAGGGCCUGACGGACAUGAACAUGAAGAUAGUAUGGAUGAUGACCUUACUGAUGACGAUAAUGAUGAGCAUAAUACCCAUGAUACACAUGAAGUUCUACAUGAGAGUGAUGACCGACCCUCAAGGCCGACCUUGAAACACGGUCAAAGUUUCCAAAGCGCCAUAGACCCAGCACUCCAUUCCCCAACCAUCCACAUCACCAAAGCUGCCACGGAUGGGUAUUUUGACCGACCCUCGAGUGAAAGUCCUCCUCCUGUGGAGCGUCGAAAGAAAGAAAGUAUCGCAGAAGCUUUAGGGCUGUCCCACAUUAAAUCCCACAGGCGAAAUGUAUCAGACGACAGUUCUCACGGAAGUAGCUCUCGGCCUGGCUCGAGCUCUGCAUCCCCAUCGCGACAAGCAGAAUUUUUGACAAUCCCCGCGUCGACGCGAGAUCGCAUAAACCAGAACGCCGAUGGGGCGGACAUACCUCGCUCGCUGCCACGAUUUGACCGACCGGAUGCGGGCACAGAAAAGCUAUUGUGGAUCCACGUUCCCUAUACGCAUACUGGAUGGGUGUCACAGGUUAUUCGGAGAGCGUGUCAAGACCGCCAGGAACCGACUUUUCUACGAAAGUUUAUCAAUGAUGAAAACUGGUACUUGAACCUCAAUCGAGCUCGGCAUAAGGAGCCACAUGCCCGGUUCGUGAGACCGAAAUGCAUUCAUUCCCGGCAGAUGGAUGUAUCUCAUGGGGCCAAGGAAGGGGAUGCAGAAGAUCCUCAGCUAGCUCUUUAUACCCCCUAUCUCCAUUGGGAUACUUACCGAAAUCUGAUACAACGCCGCAAAGUCGUCGAAGAUCGAGUCCACCAAGGGCGAUCCAGGCCUGCACCGUAUCGCAUCGACAAAUCGAGUCUCGAAGCCAAGCUUAUAUGGCAAUACUUGGGCUGCGAGCCCCCGAUCCACUUCCGUCGCACUCUAGACCAGUAUGGGUACCCCAAUCUACGAUCGACGGUAGCUCGUGAUGACGACCAAAUGCUCUGGAAGCGUACUCGCAAGCCAGCCCGGAUUGACGAUCAGCUCCGGGAGUACCUAGAGGCAACGAACGAUGAUCCCGAGGGAACCGAGCCUACCGAGUUUAUGGAUGGUAAUGUACUGAUGGUCGACCAGCUUUGGCUGUGGAUCGUUGACCGAAAAACUAUUAUUACGUUUUUCCCUAAUCAAGAGGCGACUACGUCGGAGGGGAAGCUGUUUGAGCAGACGAAUUUGCACAGCAGUAUUUAUAAUGAGUUGAAUGGUGAUCUGGCGCGUCGGUUUGAGACAGCGGGGGACUUGGCAGCGUUAAUUAUGUUACAUGCUACGACGGUCCUUCUCGACAGGACUCUUCAUCGCGAUCUACAGGUCCUGCGAAUAUUUGAAGAGUCGAUCAGUAUCCUGACCGAAUCAGUAACCAAAUCCUUCAAACGCUUCCGCAAUCGAGGCUUUGUCAAUCGUCCAGCGGAUUUCGAUCGCACCUCAGAAGGCAAAAACAUGACCGCUGCACAACGCGACGCGAGAGAUCGGCAAACAGCCCGUCGCAACCGUGACGAUCUCUCCGUUCUUCUCGAACUCCGCGAUAUCGAAGACGAGCUUUCAACAAUCCUCAAGCUACUCGAUCAGCAGGACACUGUCAUCAAGAGCAUGAUGAAGUAUUUCGAUCGAAAUGGCUGUGGUAUAGUCUUCCUCGAUGCUGCGCAGAUGCGAAUCGACGAGUACCGGACACAGAUUGGCGAAAUGAAGGAGAACAGCCAUCUUGCACAGAAAGCAGUCGAGACUUUGCUUGAUCUGAAGCAGAAACAGGCCAAUGUCGACGAGGCGAAGAUGGCUAGGUGGCAGGCGGAGGAAACGCAGAACCAGUCUCGGUCGCUGAUGGUAUUCACUAUCUUCACAGUCAUCUUUCUUCCACUAUCGUUCUUCACAUCUUUGUUCGGCAUCAACGUCCGUGAAUGGAGCGGCACACCUGAGAAUCUAACCAUCGCCCAGAUGCUCGAGAUCGCUGCACCGGCCUCUUUCGCAAUCAUCGGCAUCGCCCUCCUAAUGGCAUUCAGCGGCAGCCUCCGCCAAAAAGUCACAAAAUCCCACAAGAUCAGCCGCGGUCUCUGGUCAGAGUUCAUCUCCAACCCCAUCAAAAUGUUUCUGCACUGGGACUUCUUCAAAAGCAAGAUUCCCUCCAUAGUUCCAGCCCAAGACUCGGCGAUGCGAAAGCGUUUCGAUCAGUAUCUCGGAUACAGCAUUCAUCGGACACAGUUCGAGGAGGACUUUUGGCAGCGUCGGCAGGUGGAGAGGAGUCCGCUUGAAGAGCUUGAGAGGAGGAAACGGAAACGCGUUAAGUCGAUGUCAAAGGCGAAUGGGUGGGGAGAGGCGUUGGCGGAGAAAGUGCGGCGGGUUAGUGAGGGUGGGCUCAAUGUGUGA